AUGGAUCCAACCGAAGACGAAUUCUAUAGCAUAUGCUUAAACCUAACCAGUGAGGAAAUAGACAGCCUUGGCGGAUGCAAUUACAGCGCUGAGUUUGAGAGUGGCGAACUGUUGGAGAAAGUUGUGUCGCGGGUUGUACCCAUUUUCUUCGGCUUUAUUGGAAUUGUUGGCUUGGUGGGAAAUGCGUUGGUUGUGCUAGUAGUUGCAGCUAAUCCUGGCAUGAGAUCCACGACCAACCUGCUGAUAAUCAAUUUGGCGGUUGCUGAUUUGCUCUUCGUGGUCUUUUGCGUUCCUUUCACAGCCACUGACUAUGUAAUGCCACGUUGGCCUUUCGGUGACUGGUGGUGUAAAGUUGUCCAGUAUUUUAUCGUUGUGACCGCUCAUGCGUCCGUUUACACUCUUGUGUUGAUGUCCUUGGACAGAUUUAUGGCAGUCGUGCAUCCAAUAACAUCGAUGUCUAUACGGACUGAAAAGAAUGCUUUACGAGCGAUCGCUUGCAUUUGGGUGGUAAUCUUAACUACUGCUAUACCGGUUGGAAUCUGUCACGGAGAAAGAGAGUAUUCCUAUUUCCAUAGGAAUCAUUCAUCGUGUGUAUUUUUGGAAGAUCACGGGUACAGCAAAUGGGGUUUUCAGCUCUCAUUCUUUCUUUCUUCCUAUGUGGUGCCACUAGCCUUAAUCAGUGUUCUAUACAUGUGCAUGUUGACGAGGUUAUGGAAAAGUGCUCCUGGGGGAAGAGUGUCCGCUGAAAGUAGACGGGGGAGGAAGAAAGUGACAAGGAUGGUGGUCGUCGUGGUUGUAGUUUUCGCGGUUUGCUGGUGCCCUAUUCAGAUUAUACUUCUGGUGAAAGCGUUAGACAAAUAUACAAUCACAUAUUUCACCGUCACGGCGCAGAUUGUAUCGCACGUGCUAGCGUACAUGAACAGUUGUGUAAAUCCCGUUCUGUAUGCUUUCCUGUCGGAGAAUUUCAGGGUUGCAUUUAGAAAGGUAAUGUACUGCCCACAUCCGUAUACAGACACCGGUUCCGGGCGUCCACAACCGACUAAAACAACUCGAACUGGAAAUGGAAACUCGUGUCAUGACAUAGUCUGA